UUUUCCGUUGAUGUUAACGAUUGAGUUGAAAUGUAUCACUGAGUGUACUUUUCUUUCAAUAACUUUUAAUUUCGCAUAGAAGUUUUAAUCAUUACGCCUAAUAAAUUUCGAAGCAAGACAUAAAUUUUGUCCUUCGUUCGUGUUUUAUGCGUUUGAUGACCUUUCAAACGCGAUUUAGGGUCAUUGUUGUUUAUAAUUCUACUUUUUCUUUGGGUUAAGAGGCUGACGAUUGAUUGCUCGCAACCAUGCUGCACAAAUUUCUUUCGGUGGUCAGUCUGGUAAUAGUGUUGGCGAUUUCUUCUCGAGCUCAGGAUGAUUUAGACGCCCUAUUUGAGUCCGUGUUUAAUGCCGAAAAUAAUCAAGGUACCACGGCUGUAACUAAUAGUCCUCCCGUUUUGCCUGUUUCAACGGCCCCAGUAGCACCACCGGCACCAACGCCACCACCCGUAUAUACAUGCAGCGGAGAAUGCGUUCCGUAUUACCUGUGUCAAGAUAACCAGAUUAUUACUGACGGAACUGGUAUCAUUGACAUUCGCGUGGGUGAAGACACCACAGUCGAGAAUGAAUGUCCUAACUACCUGGAUACAUGCUGUGAAAAGAAUGGAGUACUGGAUGUACCCCCACCAACAGCUACCGAGCCCCCUCGUCCCGCAAACAAGUUCACUUGUGGUGCACGCAACGCCGAUGGUUUAGGAUUCAGAAUAACCGGUAACAAAAACGGUGAAUCUGAGUACGGAGAGUUUCCAUGGAUGUUGGCGGUAUUGCGAGAGGAUAAAGUCAUGGAAUCUACCCUGAACGUGUAUGAAUGUGGUGGUUCGUUAAUUGCUCCAAAUGUUGUCCUGACGGCAGCCCACUGUGUCAUGAACAAACCAAAAGAAUCGCUUCUGGUGCGUGGUGGAGAAUGGGAUACACAGACAAAGAACGAGUUGUACCCGCAUCAGGAUCGUCGGGUACGAGAGGUUAUUACACAUAGCCAGUUCCUGAAGGGUUCACUAGCCAAUGAUGUUGCUCUUUUAAUUCUCGAACAACCAUUCGAUUUAGCUGAGAACAUCCAACCUGUAUGCCUUCCUCCCAAGAACUUCAAUUUUGAUAAAAGCACUUGCUUUGCUUCGGGAUGGGGUAAGAACAUAUUCGGCAAAGAAGGUAAAUAUCAAGUAAUUCUGAAAAAAGUUCAGUUACCGUUUGUGCCGCAUAAUCAGUGCGAAAGUGCUAUGCGAACCACUCGAUUGGGAAAUCGUUUCCGCUUGCAUCCAAGCUUCAUCUGUGCAGGAGGCAAAGUGGGCGAAGACACGUGCCGCGGUGAUGGAGGUUCUCCACUGGUUUGCCCAAUCCCUGGCGUUCCAGCAAACUACUAUCAAGCCGGUAUCGUUGCCUGGGGCAUUGGUUGUGGUGAACAAGGAAUUCCUGGAGUCUACGUAAACGUUGCCAUGUUUAGAGAUUGGAUUGAUCAGCAAUUGACCCAACGCCAUGUUGAAAGCAAGCAUUACACUUAUGCAUAAAAAUAAAACAACUCAAGAGUCGAAAUAAUA